AAGAACACGACGCUCUGUUUUAUUGCGCGUGAUUAAAGCUGAAAACCUUUAAAGCAUCGAUCAGACAUAUGGUACUCAUAUAUAAAUGCCUUCAGGGCUUUGACGAGCUAAGGACAAUUAGGCGUUGAUAGAUGUGGAAUGUAAAUUGAUCUUCAGGUUGAGUCUAUUGUGAUGUCAAAGUUUUAAUCCAUAACAACAUCUCGCAGCUUUCUGCUUUCGCUCAGUUCUCUCUCGAGUUCAGUAACGAAUCGCUAGAAGCUGACAGAGAAUCUUGGGAAAUUCAUAGCUUCAAAAUUUAUGUAACUGCGGUGAAACAUAAUGGAGGAGACAUCCAUUGCUGAGGAAUAAUCGUUGAUUACCUGAAGAUGUCUCUUGCCCACAAACAGCGCGGGAGCAGUUCAACACAAUUUUUAGUCACUGACGGGGACAACGAAAGUCAGGGCCGAAAUACUAAGGAAAAUUUGCCAGCUUUGGGAUUAAAUGCACCAGUUCUUACUGGUGAGAAUAAUUCUCAAGCUGCGGGCGACUUGAGUGCGGGUCUACCUCAAGUGAAACCCUUAGAAAAUGGCAACUAUCAACGAAGUUUCAGUCUUGAAAGUUCUCGAGUUACACCACGUUCGGCAAGAGUGUCGAGUUCAUCUUCCGCAACAGCUGGCUUGUACACUCCAUUUCCUGGAUUUCAAAUUCCUAAUGAAACAAUAAUACCAAAGGAAGACCCGGCAACAGUAGUGAAGCGAAAACAGACAAUCUCAGCGAAGGAUGCCAUUCCAGUAUUACCGCGUCCCGUCGCCAUUGUUUGUCUCAUUUUUAACAUUCUCAUCCCCGGAUCAGGUAAGAUCAGCUCCAUAGUAUUGGACUGAUUAAACAUUUAUUCACGGCUGGGUUUUGAAGCAAGAAACUUCUGAUGGUAUUUCGCUUUAUAAUUAACAUUUUCCAAUAAUUUGACCAUUAAGAUGUAUUUUUAACUAUCGGACGAUCGAGAAUUUAUUCUUUCCAUUUAAUCUUACACUCUUUUAAGCUGACGCAAUUAUGUUUUUAAAGGAAGUCUUAGCCACAAGACUUAAGCCACAAGGAUAUCACACGGUCUUUCAAACAGAAAAUAGAAAGCGAAAUCUUUUCCCGAGUCAUUUUCAUGAUACAUCAAAAAGUUAUUAUUCUCUCACUUUGGCCCUCGCUAUGAUGUAUAUGAUGCUAUAAUAUGUUUCUGAGGAGCCCAGCACGACGAAGUCUUCGAAUUGCGUGCAAAGUAGGAAAACAUAAAAAGAAAAGCAAAAACAAAAAUCUGGGAAUAGAUUUAGUUAAACGGAAAUUUCCCAAAAGCAUUUUAAUUUUCAUAACGUAAAACAUAGCAAAUAGCAAAAGUAUACAAAAAAAGAGAAAAACGGAAGAGAAACCAAUUAUUAGAAAAAUGUUUAUUAUCAUAACAGUUUUUUUUGACACAUGACUUUGUAGAAUUCGUUAUUUGCCCAUUAACUCAUCGUUAUCAACAUGCGAUUUGUGUAUCAUAUCUCGAGAAUCAUUUUUCCGAGCAGCCUGUUAAGAUUAAGAUUGGAAAAAUCGUUUCCGUUGAAUACUAGAUACAACAAAGACCAACCGUAGAAACGCUUCCUCAAACUGUUCUUCUAUUUCUUGCCUAUUAUCAAUUACAAAAUGCUCAAACAUUUAUGCGUAAAAAUACUGUCCGUGAUGAAUUUCGUGAUUAUUUUACAAUUCAUUUGUACUAAUCCUCAAGUGCUAAUCCGAAAGGCCUGAUUACUUAUUGUCUUUGACGAAGAGAUAAUUGAAGAAAACAAAUUUCUUUUUACCGUGGGCUGUCAUUUGCAGAGUUUCUCGCCUUCUUGUCACUUCAUAUUGGAUGGCCAGAGGGCGCGUGCGAUUAUGAACUCACCACGAAGAAAUAAUCACUAUAGUGUGGUAAUGUCAGAACAAAGAGACGAUGUGGCAGAGUUAAUCAAAGUGGAAUCGAUAAAGUCGGGCAUUUGAUUUAAGGAAGAAGACAACAAAAUUGUCAGCAAAGUAACGAAUCAUUAGUGUUUUCAAGCUCGGUUAACAACACUACUCUGAACAAAAUAGUUUGACAGAUACUAUUAGUCCUAUCAACAUUGCGAUUCUUAGGAAAACUAUGACACAAUAAACCGAUGGAUGUGUUAAAUGUCAACUAUAGCAUAUUAACGCAUUUCUACAAUCAUUUCUGUUCAAACUCUUUCCUUCUCAUCCGUCUCCCCUGAAUAAAAAAAAACUUCAGGAUGUUACAUUAAUUUUUUGGCAGUAUCGCCUCCUUUUUCCAACCAUUUCCUUUCCCAUUAUGAGUAACAUUGGAGGAAACAUUUCAAUCCAGUUGUUAUGGGACCUCAUCUUUAAAUUUUUUCAAUUUGGUCUGUCUUCCUUUUACUACGUGUUUCGGUAAAAUCUUAGCUUGAUAGAAUUCGUGCGACACGCGGUUUUACCGCCGGUAAAUGAAAUGCGUGGGAAAGUAUACUUUACCUAGCUUGUAUUAUAUUGAAAAUGAAUACUCACUAAUCAUAAGUCUGUUGUUAACUGUAAUUUGUGUGAACAGUCAGUAAGAAGCGAGAGCAGGGAAAGGACAAUAGACAGUCUGGUAUAGUAUUGCUUAGAAUUACAUUUCCAACGAAAACAGGGGCGGUCAUUUCUCCGAACAACCACUCGUUAAAAGUGCUUUGUUGAUAAAGGUUACUUAAAAAAUGAUGCUUAGUAUACGAUGUGGUGUUAAAUUCAAGAAGCCUCGAAAAAAUAUUUUGCCAGGGUGGACAAACACUGAUCCACAAAUAUGGAAACAACUGACACAAACUGCAAACAAAAACUUUGAGAUUUGAGAAGUGAGUGGCUGUUUUCUCAAAGACUGAAUGACAGUAUAAGCAUUGGAUCAAUGAUGGAAUGUUCUGACUUGACUGUGCAUUUUCUGUACAGGGACAGUCAUAUCUGGCCUGAUCGCCUUCUUCCUGACACGGAAGAACAUACCGCUGAUCAGCCGCACUUCCAUUCUGUUCGUCAAUUGUUUUGUAGGCUUCAUGCAGCUGGCAACAAUUGUCUUCCUCAUGAUUGGCUGGUUCUGGAGUAUAGCCUGGGGCUGUGCAUUCGUAGGAUUUUCUGGUAGGUGUAUAACAUACUUUUAGAUCGUGAUUCACGUAAUAGGUUGCAGUAGAUGAGUCCAUGUUUGAUUUGUUUAGAAGCCAGACAAGAGAACUGACUCUAGUCAAUAAAUUAGUCUGCCUUGGAAACUAUCAUGAUUCUCUGACAACUUAUCCUGUCUUUUUGGACCUUUGUUUUUACAAGGUCAAAACAGCAAAGAUUACAGUUUCUGUUUAGAGAUUUUGCUGCGUAUGCCCUCCCAAAUGACUAAUAUUAUGUUUAUUGUAUCAAGUGUCCCAAUUGAGGAACGCAAAGUCUCUUUCGUAACGUCUCACAGUACUUUCCUCGCGUUGGGAGGAGAAAGAAUCGCGUGACGAGAUCGGACUAUGAUUGUGGUGAAGGAUGUAAUUUGAACACUGCUCUUCUAGUUCUCUAUGAAGAUAUUUAAAAGGUAGAGCUUACUCUAAUUUUACCAAAUUGAAUACGUUUUAGUAAAUUUAUCAUCGUAAUUUGCAGAGCGUUACGGUAAAGAUCUUGAAAAGGUGGAAGGAAGAGAAGUUGUCCCCGCGUAACUCCCGACCUCACAGUUCACCUUACCCGUUUGGAGGUGGGCUGACUGUGCCAAACGGAUAGAUGUUGAGACUCAUCGUUAGGUUUCGAGGUGAACACGUCUCGUGGGCCCUACGGAGAUCUACGGUAGCGAACAUUUCACUGAAGCAGUUGGAACUAAACCGACUAAUGCGCCUUUCCUGAGACUUCGCCGAAAAGGGGAACCUUACUUGAGGUCUUGAAGUUAUUCACUCACAUGGCAAACGAAGAAGUUACCUUUUCACCGAGGCUGGUACAUCCAACACGAAAUUGUACCAUAAAAAUAACUCUAUUUUGUUUGCAGGCAUGCAGGGUGAUUUUACACUUCUUUCUACUACGGAACGAACUUUUUUUUGUUUCAGCAAACAUAUUCCACAAUAGGACGCUGUAAUAUUAGAUGUAUGUUGAUAGACUUUUUCUUUCCUGCGUUGGGUUGUGCUUUAUCACUCUCAUACUGUGUCUUGAGGUAGACAAGAAGAGUUAUGGGUUGGGAGGUUUGGUAAUUUUACUGAAAGCUGCGUCACAAUCCGGAUGCUGGGGGACGAAACUUUAAGAUACAUAGAACAACAAAUUGUUUAUCACUCGCAUUUAUAACAGAUAUUUCUAGAAACUUGCAGACUAGUUACGUUAAAGUUACAUUAGAAUACAUACAGAAUACUAAAUUCUCAUAACCUGCUAGAAAAUUAUUAAUUGUAAUCGGACAGAACAAUUUUUUUUCACGGCUUUUAAAUAAAUACAUCCACAAAUCCACACAUUCCCCUGGUGUUUCAUUUGUAUAAGAGGCUUUUUUUUUAAUCAGCUGGGCCAUUUCAUUAUUUCAUGAUUAAUAUCACCUUCAGUUACCAGAAAUGUACUAGUUUAAAAGCUUCUUCUUUGCAAAAUUAUUACAAAUAAUACAAUGUAAGAAUAUCUGAAGUAACUUGUGUCAUAUUGUGCGGUCAGCGUAGUGUUCAUCAGGCAAAGCGUGGAAUCCUAUCAACAACGUUACUUGCUAGAAACUUCUUGCUCUGUUUGUUUCUUUUACCAUUGAAAUACCUGUAAAAUUUCAACACUCAUAUUUUGCGUAUUCGUUUACAAUACAAUUAAACAGCA